GUGUCCGCGCCCACCUCUUCUCCUCCCUGGCUCCUCCGGGAGUACAUCAAAACCCUAGCUUCGAUCCUGAUUGUUGAGAUUCCUCUAGGGUUUGGAACCCGAAAUUGGUGAUGGAAGAGGACGAAGGAGAGACCGUUUCUGUUUCGGAGGUCGCCCCAGCUUUGAUCGCCGUACAUCCUCUCGAGAAUUCCGUUGCUGUCGCCGUGGGAUCCGAGCUUCGUGUCUUUGAUCUAAAAGGGGAUUGCCCUGUUUCUAUGUUGGCUGAUUCUGGUGGGCCUUCUCAUUCGGACACUAUAAGAGAUAUAACAUUUUGUCCAAAUGGUAGCCUCUUUGCAUCUGCCGGUGAUGACAAGCUUGUUAAGAUAUGGAGGACUGAUACUUGGAGUUGUGUUCGGACUGUGUUUACCGAAAAACGGGUCAGUGCAGUUGCUAUAAGUUGUGAUGGCCUAUAUGUAACUUUUGCUGACAAAUUUGGACUUGUUUGGUUAGUGAGUUUGGGUGAAGAUGUUGAGGGGCAUGCAUUAGUUGAUAACAAACCGGUGCCAAUUCUAGGCCACUAUUGUAGUAUUAUUACUAGCAUGAAAUUCUCACCUGAUGGACGAUUCAUUGCCACUGCUGAUCGGGACUUCAAAAUUCGUAUCACUUUGUUCCCAAAAAGACCAUUAAAGGGAGCACACGAAAUACAAAGUUUCUGCCUUGGCCAUACAGAUUAUGUAUCUUGCCUUGCUUUUGCUUAUCCUUCAGACCAGAUUCAAGGGUUCCUUUUAUCAGGGAGUGGUGAUUCAACUGUUCGCUUGUGGAAUUUUAUUGAUGGUAUCCUUCUUGAUACUUGCGAAAUUGGAGCUAAGGCAGGAUUGAUUAAAUCUGAGGAGAGUAAGCCAGCCGUGACUGAUAUAUGCACAUCUCAGGAUGGUUCAUUAAUUGCUGUUACUACUCAAAGCUUAAAUGGAGUAAUUCUUUUGAACUGUGACUUCUCGGCUAAGUCCCUAUCUGUUGCCCAGGUUAUUACAAUGGAAAAGAGUUAUAUUCCUACAAGCUUGGCCCUAAGUUCAUCGACGGAAUGCUUGUGGACCGUGAUGGGUGCAUCAAAGCAGCCUUCUUCAGGCAAUGCCCAGUUGUUGACUUGUCUUAGGAUAAUGUCUGGAUUCGGAAAAGACUCUUCGGAUGCCCACCCUCAUGAUCCUGUGGUUUUGCAAGACAAUGAAGUACCAGGUGGAGAAAAGCUUCUCUUGAAGUUGCAGGGGAGUCUAGAUGUUGCAGAGAAGGAAGAAGUGCUAAGAGCAGCAGCGGCGGCACUGAGAGUUUCGAUGCAUAACAUGUUGAUUAAAAAGCAGUACUCAGUCGAGAAAAGAGAGGCGCGGAAAAGUAGUAGGAAUGAUAAGAAGCUCAAGAAGUAAUCUCAUGGUCGGGUACCAAAUGUAACGAUUCUUGCAAGCUCCGUAUCUUUAAGAAAAAUCAUGGGAAUCCGGUCAAUUAAUUAAUUAAUUAUUUUUCCUCA